UUUUUUCAGUCAAAUAAUCACAAAAUUCCAAAUUAACACCCAAAACAGAAGCUUGUUCUCAUCCGGUAGCAGCGCCGCCUCGCCGACGUCGCCGUUAGCAGCGAAGCUGGCCGUAGAUGGCAUGAGCUCAUGGCAUGCAAUCUCUUCUUUCUUUAUCUCUAGACCUAUGCUGCCUUUCUCCACCAGGAAUUCCUUCAUGAUCCAUAGAUCGGAAACUACGUUAUGUUGUCUCAAGAACCCCAUUCGAGCUCAUUCCUCACUCUUACACUUCAUAAAGGCUUACAGAAAGCUUUAUGGCAGCUCGAAUUCCAAUAUUUUCGCAACUUCUGGUUCAACGCCCAGAAAUUUGAGAGUACGUCAUCGAAGCGAUGCAAUAGCUACUCAGGGUGAAGGUUUUGAAAACACUAGGUCCAAGGAUAAAUCAAUGAUAUCUGAUUCUUCAAAUGGUAGAGUUAUGCUUAUUGACGGGACAUCAAUUAUUUAUAGAUCCUACUACAAGCUUAUCGCAAGAUUGCAUCAUGGCUACUUGCCACUUGCUGAUGGAAAUGGGGAUUGGGUCCUGACCAUAUCCACCGCUUUAACCCUUAUACUAGAUGUUCUUGCAUUUAACCCUUCACAUGUAGCUGUGGUGUUUGAUCAUGAUGGAACUCCAUUUGGUCAAACUUCUGCUUCCUCCAAACAAAGUUUUAUAGCAAAAGGUCUAAAUUUUCGCCAUACGAUGUACCCUGCAUACAAGAGCAAUCGCCCCCCUACACCUGAUACCAUAGUUCAGGGACUUCAGUACUUGAAAGCAUCUAUCAAAGCUAUGGCUAUCAAGGUCAUUGAGGUUCCAGGAGUUGAAGCCGAUGAUGUUAUUGGGACAUUGGCUGUAAGAAGUGUUGAUGCAGGGUUUAAGGUACGAGUUGUAUCUCCUGACAAAGAUUUCUUCCAGAUACUUUCUCCUUCAUUGCGUCUUCUACGAAUUGCACCACGUGGAUUUGAGAUGGUUUCCUAUGGAAUGGAGGAUUACGCAAAGAAAUUUGGAACAUUAAAACCUUCCCAAUUUGUUGAUGUCGUAUCACUUGUUGGUGACAAAUCUGAUAAUAUACCAGGAAUUCAUGGAAUUGGAUAUGUUCAUGCUGUGCAGUUGAUCACAAAAUUUGGCUCACUGGAGAAUUUGUUACAACAUGUUGAUCUUGUUGAGGAAGAACGUAUUAGAAAGUACUUGAUUGAAAAUGCUGAUCAGGCCAUCCUGAGCAAGAAUUUGGCUCAGCUGCGGUCAGACCUUCCAUUUUACAUGGUUCCAUUUGCUAUAGAUGAUCUUGUUUUUAAGAAGCCUGAGGAUGACGGUGAAAACUUUAGGAAUCUCUUGACGGCUAUCAGUGCGUAUGCAGAAGGAUUCUCAGCUGAUUCCGUUGUUAAAAGAGCCACCCAUUUGUGGAAAAAGCUUGAAAGAUGAUACUAAUUGAUGGUCAUAGGAUUGGACAAUGAAGAAUUCUCUUUCAGGGAGCAACAGACUUCUUAGGAGGAAAUUCGAGGGUUCGGAGUUUAGCAAUAGAUAAAGCCGAGAUGACAAUUAACAGAAGAAGCCCGGCAAAGGAGGCAAUUAAUGCACCACCAGCAUGGUCACAGAAGGUAUCAAAUUUGUCGCAAAUCUUGUUCCACAUGGUAUGUUUAUUCCCAUUCUUCCCCAAUUCACCCAUGAAAGCUGCUGCACUAGCCCCUCCUGAUACCAGUGCUACAUUAAUCUGAAUAAAAAAAAGUUAUUUCAUU